AUGAAAUCCAAUACAGUUCUCGACUAUGCUGUGUUUGAACUGUCACCAAAUCUGACGCGAUGUGACUUUUUUGCUUGGAGCAAUGGAAACACAGAGAAGCUUGCGUCCGGAUCAGUAAAGCCAUUUUUAACUCAUUUGAAGGUUGCAGAAGAACAAGCUUCACAGGCAGUUCAGUCAAUUAAACUAGAGGUUGACCAACGUAGAAAUGCUGAGACUUGGUUCACAAAAGGAACACUCGAGAGGUUUGUGUGUUUUGUCACUACACCUGAGGUUUUAGAGAUGGUCAAUACAUUUGAUGUGGAGAUGUCUCAGUUAGAAGCAGCACGGAAAAUAUAUUCUCAGUCCGGAAUUUUCAUGCAAUUUCCAGUCAUUGACUGCUCUGGAGCUGACAUAAUUGAAGAGGGGAAGGAGCUUCUAAGGGCAAUUGAUGUGAGACUUGCUGCGGUUAGGGAGGAUUUAGCCACAGCCUAUGGUCGUGCAUCAGCUACUGGAUUCAACCUUGACACUGUUCCAGAUCUCCAGCACUUUGCAGAUUACUUUGGUGCCCAUCGCUUGAAUGUGGAAUUGGACAACCUACAAGCCAGUUCUCAGCAUGGAGUAGAUGACAUGGAAACAUUGUUUCAAGCUUUUCUACCCAAUCUUGAACACUUUUUGCUCAACCUUGGUUCUACCUGUUGUCUGAGCAAUGCUGAUAUGGAGCAGCCAGGGUCCACAAGUGUGCCAAAAGUAUUGCAAUAUGGUGCAUCAUCUGACUGCUUAGCUCUUUAG